ACACAUCCAUUGCUCCUUCAAACAUGAUCAUUUUGGCAAUGUUGGUAAUCGUUUGGGCUUCUGGAGUCCAACCAACACAAAGAAGUGAAAUUGCUUUGUUACAAACAGUUCAGCUGGGAGAUGAUGUAACAAUCAAAUGCUUCUUGACAACAAAACAUGCCAACACAAUAGUUUGGUAUAAGCAGAGCAUUGGUCAAAUGCCUAGGGCAAUUGCACUAUCAUACAAUUACUUGACAGAAACCAGAUUUGUGGAUGAAUUUAAAAAUGGAAGAUUCACUAUUUCAGCAAGUGAAACAUCUUUCCACCUCAGCAUCACUGCAACAACCAAGGAGGACACUGGAAUAUACUACUGUGGGACAGUGUUCUUGAAUCAAUUAGAAUUUAUCUCUGGAGCAUAUCUAUUGACUAAAGGAACUGAGAGCAAAGACUUUAAUACUGAACAACAACCAGAGUUACUGCCAGUUAGUCAAGGUGACAAUGUAAAUAUCCAGUGCAAAAUCCUAAUUGAGAGCUGUUUAGAGGACCAUAGUGUCUACUGGUUCAGACAUGGUGCAACUGAAUCUCACCAAGGAAUAUUGUACGUUCAAAGUGGUGGAUACGGUCAGUGUAAAAGGAGUGCCGAGGCUGGUUCUAAAACACGAAGAUGUGUUUAUGACUUCUCUAAGAGGAACAUUAGCCUCUCUGAUGUUGGGAUUUACUACUGUGCCAUUGCUGCAUGUGGGGAGAUAAUGCUUGGGAAUGGAACCACACUGAAAAACAGAGACAAUGCAAAUCAAAAUAUUUGGGAUCCACUACUCCUGUCCUUGAUAUCGUCCAAUGUUGUUUUUAUGAUAGUAAUUGUUACACUCCUUGUUGAUCUUUGCAAAAACAGGAGAAAAAGGCACAGAGGAUCUACAAAGUCCAGCACAUCUCAGUCAUGUGAGACUGGAGACUUUUUGAAUUAUGCAGCUGUAAGUUUUGUCCCCAUCCCUUCAUCUUCAAGAAGAACCAGAGGAUCAAACAACAGAGACUUGGCUGAAUACAGUGAAGUCCAUUUUUAGAUUAGAGAUCAAAUGCCUUAACACAGUCUCGGCACAAAAUGUUUUUGAUUUACUGUAAAAAAAAGAAAAAGACAUUGAUAUUUUAAAACCAUCAACUACUGCCAAAUCACAUCAUCCUAUCAAAAAGGAUAUAGCCUUCUUUGAUUUUUCUGUUGCUUUAUAUAUAUAGAAAUAUGUUGUAUUUGCUAAUGCAGAUCAGUGAAUCAUUUACAUUCAAGAGGAUACAAUGUUAAUAAACAAUAGUUACAUUUUGUAAUCUGUGUGGGAAUCCAACAGUAGUUUGUUAAUAUAGAGAAUCAGAUGUAAAACUCUGUGCUGUUUUACACUUGAGUCAAACAAAAGAACACAAAUGUCUAAGACUUCUGUUUUGCUGUUUUUGUUUUGCUCGUGCUUGCUAUUAUUAAUUAAUAAGGUAUACAAUUACACAGAAAAACCUACGUGUGAUGUCCUAUCAAUCAGAAAUUGUUUAAUUAGAGCUAUUCUUUUCUGCAUUUUUUAA